GUUAUGGAGUCUGCCCUCAUCGCUGGAUUCCUCAUUCGAUCCUCAACACUGUCGUCUAAACAUGGAGCAUUUCUUCCAGUCUUCCUUUAAACAGCGAGCGCCCGCUUUUGUUUCUCAUUUCUGAAAAAAAAACGAAGAAGAAGAAGGAUACGGACGUAGAGCAAUGUCUCGCCAACCGGUUAUUUCCCCUUUCCCCAAAUCCAAAACUUUGGACAACAAAUACAUGCUUGGAGAUGAAAUUGGGAAAGGUGCAUAUGGACGUGUUUAUAAAGGCUUGGAUUUGGAGAAUGGUGACUUUGUUGCAAUUAAACAAGUUUCUUUGGAGAAUAUUGUUCAGGAGGACCUAAAUGUCAUAAUGCAAGAGAUCGAUUUGUUGAAGAAUUUGAACCAUAAGAACAUUGUGAAGUAUCUUGGGUCAUCAAAGACAAAGACUCACCUGCAUAUAAUUCUUGAGUAUGUGGAAAAUGGUUCGCUUGCAAACAUUAUCAAGCCUAAUAAAUUUGGGCCGUUUCCAGAAUCUUUGGUGGCCGUUUAUAUUGCUCAGGUUUUGGAAGGUUUGGUUUAUCUACAUGAACAAGGUGUUAUUCAUCGGGAUAUUAAAGGUGCUAAUAUUCUGACGACUAAAGAGGGUCUGGUGAAACUUGCAGAUUUUGGUGUUGCAACGAAACUAACUGAGGCUGAUGUUAACACACACUCAGUUGUUGGAACACCAUAUUGGAUGGCCCCAGAGGUGAUUGAAAUGUCAGGGGUUUGUGCGGCUUCUGACAUUUGGAGUGUUGGCUGUACUGUGAUUGAACUCCUUACAUGCGUACCUCCAUACUAUGAUCUGCAGCCUAUGCCAGCUCUCUUUCGGAUUGUGCAGGAUGAGCAUCCACCAAUACCUGAUAGCCUAUCUCCAGACAUUACUGAUUUUCUGCGCCAGUGCUUUAAGAAGGAUGCCAGACAGAGGCCUGAUGCAAAAAGGCUUCUUUCUCACCCUUGGAUACGGAAUUGCAGACGUGCUUUGCAGUCUUCUUUGCGUCGUGGAACCAUUAGAAACAUAAUGGAAGAAGUUGCAGCAGAUGUAGAAACCUCUAAUGCAGAUAAUAAGAGUGCUGAAGAGAGUCUUCCUGCGGAGAAAGUAGAGGCAUCUGAAUCAGGCUCUAGGAAAGAGGUAUCAUUAACGGAGGCCACUGAUCGAAGCAAGUAUGAUCAUGAUCAUUCUGCAGAUAAUACUCCGAUUGAAGAAAUGAUGAAUAAUUUAGAUGAUGAUCUACAAUCAGAUCAGGUUCCAACCUUAGCCAUUCAUGAGAAACCACCAUUACAGAGUAGUCCUGGUGGACUCCCUUUUAAAAAUGUAGUGGCUGCCCUCAGUUCUGGUCAGCAUAAUGAGAUAUCCCAUCGAGAUGAAGCGAUGAUGAAUGGUAAUGUUGUCUCACCAUCAAGAAGGAAAUAUAUGGAAAAAGGACAGGGAGUCAGAGGGGAUCAAAUUGAUAAUGCGAAUAAGUCAUUUGGUUUUGUACCUAUAACUCAGAAUGCUGGUCUUCAAAAGGCUACAAAACCUUCCGUGACCUCAACUGGGAAUGAGCUAAUUAGAUUUAGUGAUCCUCCUGGAGAUGCUUCCUUGGAUGACUUAUUUCAUCCAUUGGAUAAAAAUGUGGAGAGAAGAUCAACUGAAGCUUCAACGUCUUCAUCUGCAUCAAAUGUGAACCAAGGUAUUGUGCCUGAUACUGGAAAAAAUGACCUGGCUAAGAAGUUAAGAGAUACAAUUGCUAAGAAACAAAUGGAAGAGGAAAUGGGUCAGUCAAAUGGUGGUGGUAACCUGCUUCGCUUAAUGAUGGGUGUUUUGAAGGAUGAUGUAAUUGACAUUGAUGGUUUGGAUUUUGAUGAUAAAUUACCCGCUGAGAACCUAUUUCCCUUACAGGCAGUUGAGUUCAGCAGAUUAGUUGGCUCACUAAGAACGGAGGAAUCAGAGGAUGCAAUAGUUACUGCGUGUCAGAAGCUCAUAGCGAUCUUCCACCAGCGUCCUGAACAAAAAAUUGUUUUUGUCCGCCAGCGUGGUUUACUGCCUCUAAUGGAAUUGCUUGAUGUCCCAAAAACUCGUGUAUGUCAAUGUUACAUGUUUUUGCUCAUAGGCUGGGACCUAAAAGAGAGUUCUAUUUCAUUUUCCUCCCCUCUAUGGAUCCCUUUGGUUAUGAGUUUUGCGGGGCCUGAUCGUCCUCAAGAAAUUAGGAUGGAGGCAGCUUAUUUCUUGCAGGAACUUUGUCAGUCAAGCUCAUUAACUUUGCAGAUGUUCGUAGCUUGCCGUGGAAUCCCUGUUUUGGUUGGCUUUUUAGAGGCUGAUUAUGCAAAGUACAGGGAAAUGGUUCACCUAGCAAUUGAUGGCAUGUGGCAGGUCUUCAAGCUUCAGCGAUCAACCCCGAGGAAUGAUUUCUGCCGGAUAGCUGCUAAGAAUGGGAUAUUAUUUAGGCUUAUUAAUACUCUUUACAGUUUAAAUGAGGCAGCUCGACUUGUAGAUGGUUCAGUUCAACGACAGCAUUCUGGUCGAUUAGAUUCCGGUUAUCCUCUGUUUGCCCAGAAUGAGAUUUCAGUCUUGGUAACUGAUCAAUCUGAUAUCCAUAAAGUGAGGCAUGGAAAGACUGAGUAUUCCUUUCCAGCUGGAGCAAUAGAACCUUCACGGGCUUCAACUUCCCAUUCUCAGAGGUCAGAUACUAAUCUGCCAGAUUCACGUUAUCUUGCUGUUGAUGGAGACAGACCUCGAUCUAGCAAUGGGACAUUAGAUGUUUCAGUUUCCAGAGAAUCUUCAGCUUCCAGAGAGAAAGAUAAUUUGGAUAGAUGGAAACUUGAUCCUGAUAGAGCAGAGGACCUCAGGCGGCAGAAGGUAAGUAACUUUAAGAACAGGACGUCUUUGGACAGACCUUCAAAUGGAUAUCCAACUUCAGUAACUACCUCGGUAGAGCAAGUUCGACCUCUUCUUAGCUUGUUAGACAAGGAGCCUCCUAAACAGCAAUUGGAGUAUGUGUGCCAUCUGCCCGGGUUGGAAAAACACGAAAGCAUACUGCCUCUGCUACAUGCUAAUGACAGAAAAACCAAUGGUGAACUGGAUUUCUUGAUGGCUGAAUUUGCAGAGGUCUCCGGCCGUGGAAAAGAAACUGGAAUUGUUGAUUCUACACCUAGAUUUUCACAUAGAACAUCGAGUAGGAAAUUUGGGCAAGUAGCUGUUAGUGAAGGAACAGUGUCGACAUCCGGUAUAACUUCUCAGACUGCAUCAGGUGUAUUAUCUGGCUCAGGUGUUUUAAGUGCUAGAGCUGGAAGUGCAACAUCAUCAGGGUUGCUCUCCAACAUGGUAUCAACAAUGAAUGCAGAUGUUGCCAAGGAGUACCUUGAAAAGGUGGCAGACCUACUUCUUGAGUUUGCUCAAGCUGAUACAACAGUUAAAUCCUACAUGUGUAGCCAAAGUUUGCUUAACCGUCUUUUCCAGAUGUUUAAUCGCAUAGAACCACCUAUUCUUUUAAAGAUGCUGAAGUGUAUUAAUCAUUUGUCCAUGGAUCCAAACUGCUUGGAGAAUCUUCAGCGAGCAGAUGCAAUUAAGUAUUUGAUCCCAAAUCUAGAACUCGAAUGUGGACUACUUGUAUCUCAAAUGCAUCAUGAGGUCCUCAAUGCACUGUUCAACUUGUGCAAGAUAAAUAAGAGGAGACAGGAACAAGCAGCAGAAAACGGAAUCAUUCCGCAUUUGAUGAAAUUCAUAAUGUCAGAUUCUCCCUUAAAACAACAUGCAUUGCCGCUACUGUGUGACAUGGCUCAUGCAUCACGUAAUUCAAGGGAACAGUUGAGGGCGCAUGGUGGAUUGGAUGUGUACUUGAGCUUGCUUGAUGACGAGAUUUGGUCUGUGACGGCGCUAGACUCACUUGCUGUUUGCUUGGCUCAUGACAAUGACAAUCGCAAGGUUGAACAAGCCUUACUGAAGAAGGAAGCAAUCCAGAAGUUGGUGAAAUUUUUCCAGUGUUGUCCGGAGAGACACUUUGUCCACAUAUUGGACCCGUUCUUGAAAAUUAUCACGAAAUCGUCCCGUAUAAACACAACAUUAGCUGUAAAUGGUUUGACGCCGCUUCUAGUCUCAAGGUUGGAUCACCAGGACGCCAUUGCUCGCCUUAAUCUACUUAAACUAAUUAAGUCGGUUUACGAGCACCACCCUCGACCGAAACAGUUGAUCGUUGAGAAUGAUUUACCACAGAAGUUGCAGAAUCUAAUCGAGGAACGGAGAGACGGGCAGCGUUCCGGAGGCCAAGUGUUGGUGAAACAAAUGGCGACUUCAUUGCUCAAAGCCCUUCAUAUUAACACCGUCUUGUAAGAAAAAAACUUAACUGAUUCCUCCCUCCUAUGUAUAUGUUUUAUUCUUAGGAAGG